UCGAUAAAGACGUCCAAAGAAUUAUUACCUACCUUAUGGCUAACGUAGAAACAAUCUCGUAGAAUAACAUUAUGACUGGCGCAUAAGAAUCCGUCGCAUUUUUGAGUACGGACGCACACAUCGCUCGUGUUUGUAAACCAAACAAACAAACAAACAAAGGGUGGGACAUUCUUUCUCGAUCUAGUAAUGUGAUUAGCAAAAUGACAAGUGACCAGUCGGUAACUAGUAGCAGCUCCCAGGCCAGACAUUUUGGACUAUACAGGACUAUAGACGCAAGGACCGAGGAGUUUUUGAGGCUUUCCAGGAAACGUCAGAUACGGCAAGGCUGCGCCUGCGCAGCUGUUUCCACUGCUAUCACCGUUACCAUUAUUGUUGCAGUUCUACUGAUCUACGAGUAUGCGAUCGUUGUAGAAACGAGUUUAGUACAAAAUAGGAAAAGCCUGAACAAAUCGGACAGAGAAAAGUCUAUGAAAAAUCUUAGGCCUAUAGCUGAUAGAUUAGAUAGAAGCUAUUUUGGAUUUGACCAAGAUUAUUAUGAAAGAAUGCCACUCCUUGUAAAUGCAUUGGCUGAAAAUAUUUACACCCAACCUUUUCCAGAAACUGUAACAGUGCAAAAACUCAAAAAACACGACAUAGCUUUACGAGCGAAUUUGCCUUUUAAUACUUACAAAUUGAUUAGAAGAACAAGUCCAAGACCAUUUCAUUUUGAGCAAAUUACUACACCGUAUCCUUUUAGUAAAAUAUACGGAUCAAAAACAUGGGUCGACAGUUAUCGUAAUGCUCAAAGGAUGAAAAAUCUGCACCACAUCAUGUUGUAUCUCGGGAAAACAAUCAACGCCAAACUUGGUGAUAUACAUACAAUUCCAACGCAAACGCACAUCGCAUUCACUGGAAUGUACAUUGACCCUGCAAAUGCUAAAUACCCCACAGAAAGUUUCAUGCAAAAGGUAAAUCCAACACAGUUUCGGCAUCGAGUUGAUCCUCUGUUCACAUUUAAACCUGACAACCCAGGUGAUGUAAAUCUAUUAGCAGAAGACUUUUCAUCAGCUUUAACCGAUAACGAAGAUAAAAAGGAAUCUUAUCCAUAUUCUAGAAUCGAUGAAAAUUGCAGCCAUAAUUCUCAAGAUCAGAAUACAGAGACCGAAAAGUUAAAUACACUUAAAGAUUCUAUAGUAAAUGGUUUCAGAAAACAAGGCUUAGUUACCGAGUCCAAAAUUCAAAGUCAUUCUCCGACCACCUCUAAGAUGUUGGAAAAAAUAUAUAUCACAACUUCGCGCCCAGUAAUACACUUCAAACCAAGAUCUGCAAGGCCUAUUACACGCUUAUAUUUCAAAUAUACAAGUCCACGACCACAACAGAAGGAAGUAAACACUAUUGAUUCUAUUUAUAAGAGUAAGCCAGAAUUAAACGGCAGUGCUAAUACUAUAGUUCACGUAAAUGUUUUUCCCAUAGAAACUGUAAUAAAAAAUAAAGACCAAGAUUUUAAGAAGGAUGAAAAUACUAUUCGUGUCUCAACCACAACGAAGCCGAUUAAACAAAUACCUGUAAUUGUAGCAAAGGAAGUAGAAGAUUACCAUGAGGGUAGUUCGGGCAUUAUACCGAUGACUACAAUGACGGAAACAAGUGAGCCAGGAGUGUCAACUCCUUUCUUUGAUACUACACAAUCAUAUUCUGAAUCACUUUGGUCAACGAAUUCACCUGAUAUUAUUAAAUUUAGUCCGGAAGAUGCCAAAAUUCCAGAUCAGUACACCACGAUGACAACAUUGGAAGAUACUACAGCCACAACGGAAACUAUUUCAAGAACGUACAAAAGUGUUGAAUACGAUGAUGAAGAUCGUAAUAUUGAAGCAAAAACACUUAUUAUAAAAUUGGUAAAUAAUUUAGAAUCAACUACUAGCCAAAGCAAUAAAUAUGAUCUAUCAGAAGUGGAAGAAUUUAAAACAAAUACAUAUGUACCGCAAAUUAACGGUCAUUAUAGAAAUAUGGAGCAGAAUGUACGUAAAUUAUUUGAACUUUUGAAAGAAAAUUCGGAAAAAUAUAGACGACAUAGACUUAAGCCUAUAACAACCAUUCGUUCUCCAACUUAUGUACCAAUGUAUGUAGAAAUUAAAAGAAAU